AUGGAGGAAUAUCUGGAGCGUCGCAAGCAGCUCAUACAUGCAGACAGAGCACAACGAGUGGAUUCUCCUCUUAACAGAGCGAGCCUGACAGAUCUCGAGCAGAGAGCGGACGCUGUUGUGCGUAGCAUUCGCACUGCUGAAGCCAAGUCUGUAUGGGCGUUCGAGAGCAAGAGCAUAUUCGAGUAUUCUCCAGAGGAUACAUCUGCAAAUGUGUUUCCGGGUAUGGAGUUCUUGACAGCGCGAAAUACCAUUAUUCAGACGAAACUAUUCAGAGUUUUGAACAAGAUGCCCAAGGGCGCGCUCUUGCAUGCACACCUCGAUGCCACCGUCAAUGCCCGCGUUUUGCUCACGAUUGCACUUACACAGUCCGCCAUGCACGUUCGCGCGUCUAAGCGUGUCACCGCCAGCACUGUCAAGGGCACACUGCCGGAAUUCAAAGGCCUCUCGCAAGCCAAUUUCACCAGCUUCACCAGUUUGACGGAUGAGGCGUACACUCCAGGUGAAUGGGUGCCGAUCCAGAAGGCUAGAGAGAAUUUCGACGCGAGUCUCGGGGGCCCUGAAGGAUUCGACGAAUGGGUCGUCGGCGCCUUGAUGAUCAAUCCUUCGGAAGCCUACGUCACACACAACACCACACAGAAGAUAUGGGCGAAGUUCACAAGCACCUUCGUUACUUCGUCUGGCCUCAUUCAUUUCGUGCCCGUUUGGACCGAGUACAUUCGGCAAUUCUUCCUGUCCUCCAUCGAAGAUGGUAUUUCAUACAUGGAAGCACGCGUUAAUUUCUGGCAUAAAUGCAUGAUUGGUGCAGAUGGAAAAGAGGACGUGCCACAUCGAGAAUGGCUUAUCAUAUACGACCGAGUUCUGAACGAAGUUAAGGAUGAAUUGAAACGUCAAGGGCGCGAGGAUGAGUUCGUUGGCUCGAAGAUCAUCUAUGUCACAUUGCGACACAUAACCUCAGAAGAACUCGAAUGGUAUCUGGAAGACUGUCUCUCCCUCAAGCAAGAAUUUCCCCACCUUAUUGCAGGCUUCGAUCUCGUCGGACACGAAGAUUCCUUGAAACCCCUCAUUGACUACAUCGUUCCGCUCACGAAGUUCGUAGAAAGGCAGAAAGAGCUUGGCCUUGAUAUUCCCUUCAUUUUCCACGCAGGAGAGACGCUUGGUGACGGUACCCCAGCGGAUAUGAACCUCUAUGAUGCUAUCCUCCUUGGCACCAAACGCAUCGGUCAUGGGUUCUCCCUGGCUAAACAUCCAAAACUCAUUGAAAUCUGCAAGGAGAAGGACAUCGCCGUGGAAAUGUGCCCCAUCUCCAACGAGAUACUUCGUUUGACGUCGUCGAUGCCGAUGCAUCCCCUCCCUAUCUUGGUGAACCAAGGUGUCUCUGUAGCACUGUGCUCGGACGACCCCGCAGUGUUCGGUAACAUGGGUCUAUCCUUUGACUUCUUCCAGGUCCUCGUAGCAAGCGAAGUCACUGGACUGAUCACGAUGGGCGAAUUUGCUCGGGACAGCCUUAAGCAUGCUGCCAUGGGUCAGGAAGAAAAGCAACGUGCACUCGAUCUGUGGGAGAAGCAGUGGACGAAGUUCCUCGAAUGGGUGGUACGGGAGGAGACGAUUCGAGGCCAGCUGAAGAAUUGA